AGUAAAUGGGCGGGAUACAAAUAUGAAGUAACGUUUUUUUUGUGUCAAAUCGAUCUGUUCGUGUCCUCUUGCUCCUGGAAUCUUCAUCAUUAUUGGACGUUACUCAAAUUUUAACCCAGAUUUUGCGAGCUGGAACGAGGAAUUGGCACAAGCAAAGAUGAAAUACUCAGUUUUACCCAUUGCAUUGCUUGUAAUGCACUGUGCCUUUGGAGAGAGCUCCCACAAUCAUGAAGAUCAUUAUGUGGGUCACGACAUGGAUCUCCUAUUGGGAACUGAGGAAGAAGAUGGAAUAAAGAAACUUAGUCCAGCUGAGCAAAGGAACAAAAUUAUGGAAAUUAUGAAGAAGAUUGAUAAAAAUUCKGACAAACAUCUAACCUCAGAGGAGAUCACACUAUGGAUUCAACAUGUCUACAAGAAAUACGCAUUGGAUGAUGCAGAGGAGCGCUUCCCUGAAUUUGACACCAACAACGAUGGUGUUGUGUCUUGGGAAGAAUACAACAUGGUUGUCCAUGAACGAGUCAUUAAUAUUGAUGAGAAUGCUGUUCUGGAGGAUCCAGAGGAAGAGUCACUCAGAUUUCUCCACUUAAAGGAAAAGAAGCGCUUUGAUUUUGCUGAUAUGGGUGGCACACCAGGCCUUAACCUAACUGAGUUUCUUGCAUUUACACACCCAUCUGAAGUGGAUUACAUGGCUGAUUUUGCGAUUGAAGAUGUGUUGAGUGAGUAUGACACAGAUAAAGAUGAGUUCAUCAGUCUAAGUGAAUUUAUUGGAGAUGUUCGAACUAAUGAGGAGGUUGACCCAUCAAAGUGGGAGAUUGAGGAAACUGUCCGCUUUGACGACCUCUAUGAUCAAGACAAGGAUGGCAAGUUGAAUCGAGAGGAGCAGCUCCGCUGGGUGGCCCCUAACAGCUAUGGCUCUGCACGGGAGGAGGCUAUUCACCUCAUCAAAGAAAUGGACCAAGAUGGUGAUGGGAGACUGUCAGAGGCAGAGGUUUUGAAAAAUCAAGAAAUGUUUAUGAAUAGUGAAGUAACAGACUAUGGAAGACAACUUCAUGUGUCACACGACGAAUUAUAACAGAUUUUUUAUUUUACUGUGAUGUACAGUACCAGUUAAAAGUUUGGACACGCCUACUUAUUCCAGGGUUU